AUGUCAUCAAGCGAAUGGUCACAUGCAAUGAUGCGUAUAUUGACGAAGUAUAUAAUAAUAUUAUGUAUAUAUUGUACAGUAUGGAUACAACACACCUAUACCGAACCAGUAGCAAAUAUACGAAAUCCAUAUACUAGUAGCCAGAGUAAUCGUGAACGAGAUCGUGAGCGUGAUCGUGAACGGGAUCGUGAUCGUGAACGAGAUCGUGAUCGAUCAUCAACAGAUGAUAAUGCAUUAGCACCAAGUCCACAUGUAUCAGGACCAAAUGUAUGUCGAAGUAAAUACCGUGAUAGUCACUGUUGUCCAGGAUGGACGGUAAAACCGUAUACUGGCCUCUGUAUUGUUCCAAUUUGUGUUCGACCUUGUGGCCCAAGUGGACACUGUGUUCGUCCAAACACAUGUAAAUGUGAUACUGGUGGUUUAAGUACAGCUUGUGGGAGUGGAUUAAAACACCCAGGAGAAAAAGGAUGUGGUGCAAUAUGUUUACAUGGUGGAACUUGUGCUGGUGGCAAAUGUCUUUGUCCCCCAGGAUACACGGGACAAUAUUGCGGGGAACCAAUUUGUCGUGAACCUUGUCAAAAUGGUGGCCGUUGUAUUGGUCCCGAUCGGUGUGCUUGUAUGUAUGGCUUUGUGGGUCGUCGAUGUGAAUCUGAUUUUCGAACUGGUCCUUGCUAUACAAAAAUCAAAGGAUCAUUGUGUCUAAAUCAAUUAGAGGGGGUAGUGUGUACAAAAAAUUUAUGCUGUGCCACAAUUGGGCGAGCGUGGGGUCAUCCAUGUGAACAUUGUCCAAUGGACAUGGAAUGUGAUACUGGGUAUAUGAAAAAUGUUCAAACAGGAAUUUGCGUUGAUAUCGACGAAUGUGGAGCAAUUCCUGGUUUGUGUGCGGGCGGUAAAUGUAUAAAUACUGCAGGUUCGUUCAAAUGUGAAUGUCCUCCAGGACAAGCUCGAAACGAAGACUCAAAUCAAUGCGAAGAUAUGAACGAAUGUGAAGAUGAAAAUGUUUGCCAAGAUGGUCGUUGUGUUAAUACCGAAGGAUCUUAUUAUUGCCUCUGUAAUCCUGGAUAUAUACAAAGUCCAGAUAAACGAUACUGUAUCGAUGGCCGACAAGGAACUUGCUUCACAGACUACUACGAUGGAGUAUGUAAUAAUCCAUUAGAUACUCGAUUAUCCAAGAAAACAUGUUGUUGUGGAUUCAACAUGGGCAAAGGUUGGGGUGAUAAUUGCGAUCCUUGCCCAGAUAUUGGUAGCGAAGAAUUUCGUAUACUAUGUGAGGAAUCUCCAUCCUCACAUGUACCACGCCCAGGAGAUCGUGGUCAUGGUGAUGGCGGACUUAUUUACCCUGGCCGAGUUCCUGGUGGGGGUGAAGACGAUGGUCGAGUACCAGAUUAUACUAUUUCUGAACGUAUUGGACAGCCUGAAAUUAAACAACCGCCAUAUUCAUUAACAAAAGUUGAUGAAUGCGCAUUGCGUCCACAAAUUUGUGGUGGAGGUUUAUGUAUUGAUACUUUAGAGGGAUAUGAAUGUGAUUGUUAUCCGGGAUAUCGAAAAGAUAACAACUUUUGCGUAGACAUAAAUGAAUGUAACGAAGGUUUUUGCCAAGGAGGAUUUUGUCAAAAUACUCAAGGUGGUUUCCAGUGUGAAUGUCCUCCAGGAUUUGAUGUAUCCCCUGAUCGAAAAAAAUGUACAGAUCACGAUGAAUGUAAGGAAACUGGUAUGUGUUCAAAUGGUAUUUGCAUUAACAUGGACGGAAGCUAUAAAUGCCAAUGUAAAAGUGGAUUUACACUCUCACCUACAGGACGAUCUUGUAUUGAUAUUGACGAAUGUCUCGAAAAUCACCGAAUCUGUUUAUAUGGUCGAUGUGACAAUACUCUGGGAUCAUAUCGAUGUUUAUGUGAUCGAGGUUUUACUGUAUCAUCUGAUUCCACAUUUUGUAUGGAUAUGAACGAAUGUACAGAUACAAAUAUGUGUUCACAUGGAAAAUGCCAUAAUACAGAUGGAUCUUUCCAGUGCAUAUGCGAUUCUGGAUAUCGGUUAGAUAGCAACGGACACCAUUGUGUCGACAUUGACGAAUGCCAAUCAAAUCCUUGCCAAUAUGGACGUUGUAUCAAUUUGCAAGGCAGUUUUCGAUGUGAAUGUUCACCAGGAUUUAAUCUAGGUCCUGAUGGUCGAUCGUGUCUUGAUACAAAAACCGAAUUGUGUUAUUCCCAAUAUCGAGAUGGGCAGUGCUUUAACCCAGCAUCAGUUGCUGUAACCAAGUCCAGUUGUUGCUGUUGUACAAUUAUACUUGGACAACCAAUGGGCUGGGGUAGUACUUGUCAACCUUGUCCAUUACCCGGCUCAUCAGAAUUUGCCUCAUUAUGUCCACAUGGAUCCGGUGUAACGUUCAAUGGAGAUGAUAUAAACGAAUGUGCCCAAAAUCCAAAUAUUUGCCAAAAUGGAGCAUGUGAAAAUAUUAUUGGAACGUAUCGUUGUAUAUGUGAUCCAGGAUAUCGAGUAGAUGGCACGGGCAAAUUAUGUACCGAUGUCAAUGAAUGCGAACUAGACCCAAUGCUUUGUUCGGGUGGUCAGUGUAAGAAUACGCCAGGUAGUUUUCAAUGUAUAUGUCCGACAGGUACUCGAUUUAGUGAAAAUACUCAAAGUUGCCAGGAUAUUGACGAAUGUGACGAACUUGGACCCGAUGCUUGUUUUAAAGGUGAAUGUUAUAACACAUUGGGAUCAUAUGAAUGUCAGUGUCCUGAAAACUAUGUACUAGAUAAUACGGGGCGUAUUUGCAUUGAUAAUCAAAAAGGAUCAUGUUGGACUCGAUUAAUUCGAGGGCGAUGUGAAAAUAAUUUUCCGCGAUUAACACUUCGUUCCGAGUGUUGUUGUUCAAUUGGUGUUGCUUGGGGUUCUCCAUGCCAACCUUGUGACCAUGCAUGUGACUGUCCAAAAGGUCAGGCAAAAGUAGAUGGCAAAACUUGCACAGAUAUUAACGAAUGUGAUCUGAAUCCAAAUAUUUGUCGAGGUGGUGGAACGUGUAUUAACACAGAUGGAAGUUUCAUCUGCACAUGUCCACCAGAUUUAACUUUGGAUUCAACAGGAACACUUUGUGUUGAUUUGCGUCAAGAACAAUGUUACACCGAAUAUCGUACAGGCAAAUGUUCCAAACCUAUUAAUGGAUUAUUUAAUAAAAAUCUAUGCUGUUGUACAUCGGUGGGUAAAGCUUGGGGAGGUGAUCGAUGUGAAGCAUGUCCAAAGCCUGGUACACAGGCUUUCCAAGAACUAUGCCCCAGCGGUCUUGGCGUCUUAAAUCGUAAAGAUAUUAAUGAGUGUACAGAAUUCCCUGGCCUAUGCCAAAAUGGUCGAUGUAAAAAUUCGAUGGGCAAUUACGAUUGUAAGUGUAACAAAGGUUACGCUUUGGAUGAAAAUAAAAUUAAGUGUGUUGAUAUUGACGAAUGUUCUAUCACUCAUGAUGUAUGUGGAAAUGGAACGUGCCGAAACAUUCCUGGACAUUUUGCAUGUGAUUGUAAAGAGGGUUUCGAAUCAAAUCCUAUUAUGAAAAUUUGCACAGAUAUUAACGAAUGCGAAGAAAAUCCACAACUUUGUCGUGGAGGUCGAUGUAUAAACACCGAAGGAUCUUAUCACUGUGAAUGUCCUCCAGGUCAUGAACUAGCACCAAAUAAAGAAGUUUGUAAAGACAUUGACGAAUGUUCGAUCGAUAGUGGAAUUUGUUCGAAUGGAUAUUGUGAAAAUAUGAUGGGCACAUAUCAAUGUGUUUGUGAUGAUGGUUACCAGCAGAUUAGCCAUAAACUACACUGUGAAGAUUUCGAUGAAUGCGAAGAACGAAAUGGAGGCUGCGAUCAAAUUUGUAUUAACAGUCCAGGAAGUUUUAACUGUGCUUGCGAAAAUGGUUACGCUUUACAAGUCGACGGUCGUACAUGUACCGAUAUUGAUGAAUGCAAAGAAAAUCCUAGGAUUUGUAGUGGUGGAAAAUGUACAAAUACUCAAGGAAGUUAUACUUGUCAUUGCACGGAUGGUCUUCGGCCAGGACCAACUGUUGGUAGUUGUUUAGAUAUUGAUGAAUGUGCACAGAACCCAGAUAUUUGUGGUAAUGGAAAUUGCUUCAACACUCUUGGUUCAUUCCAAUGUCGAUGUGAAGAUGGAUACUCCGUAAAGCCAAACGCUGGUCCAGCAUGUUCCGAUGAUGACGAAUGUUUCUUGGGUACUUUCAUUUGUCACGAAAGUGCUGAUUGUAUCAAUAACCCAGGUUCGUAUCAAUGUCGCUGUCAUGACGGAUUCACUGGAAAUGGUGUAAAUUGCCGUGACAUCAACGAAUGUUUAACAAACAAUGGUGGUUGUGACCAAAAUGCUCGAUGUAUCAACACCGAAGGUUCCUUUGAAUGUGUCUGUGACAUCGGUUUCAAAGGCAAUGGUUAUACAUGUACAGAUAUCGACGAAUGUUCAAAUGACCCAAGUUUAUGCGAGAAUGGAUUAUGCUUAAAUCAUCCUGGGUCAUUCCGCUGUGAAUGUGAAAUGGGUUUUAUGGGUAUUGAUGAUGACAAAGCAUGCGUUGACAUUAACGAAUGUGACAUGUUCAACAAUCUCUGCGUUUAUGGUCGAUGUGAAAACAUAUUUGGUAUGUUCCAAUGUGAAUGUGAUGAUGGAUACAAACUAGAUGGAUCCGGCGGAAAUUGUACGGAUAUUAACGAAUGUGAAAAUCCACAAUCGUGUUUAUAUGGAACAUGUAUCAACACUCAAGGAAAAUAUUUAUGUGAAUGUCCACCAAACUAUGAUCUGGUAUCGGAAGGAAAUGCUUGUGUUGAUAGAAGGACAUCCCGAUGUUACGCCAGUGUUGAUAUCUUAGGUCGGGGACGUAACCGAUGCCAUAGCACGGUAGCAGAUAACACAACCAAGGCAGCCUGCUGUUGUUCAAUUGGAAAAGGUUGGGGACCAAGAUGUGAGCUAUGUCCACCACGUGAUAGUCCAGAAUAUCAAGCUUUAUGCCCUGCGGGAACAGGAUAUAGACCAAAUACUGUUACGGUAGUUUUAGAAGAUAUCAACGAAUGUGAGGAACUACCAAACCUCUGCCAAAAUGGACAUUGUACGAACACUUUUGGAAGUUACAUGUGCUUAUGUAACGAAGGUUUUCGAUUGGAUAUUACAAGCACUACAUGUAUCGAUAUUAACGAAUGCAUUGAUAAUCCAAAUAUUUGUAAUGUUGGCCAAUGUAUAAAUGAGCAAGGCACAUACCACUGUGAAUGCCCACCUGGAUAUAUGCCAAUGCCAGGAGGAAAGGAAUGCGUUGAUAUGAGAAAAGAAACCUGCUACUUGAAGUACUCUCAAGGCGAAUGUACGGCCCCUAUGUCACAAGAUCAAACUCGUCUAUUAUGUUGUUGUUCUAUGGGAGAAGCAUGGGGUCGACCUUGUGAGCCAUGCCCAGCUCAAGGAACAAGUGAAUUCUUUACGUUAUGCGGAGGAAAUCGUGUUGGUCAAAUUAUCAACAAGUGGACUAAUCAAACUGAAGAAAUCGAUGAAUGUGUUUUGAUGCCUUCAAUGUGUAACAAUGGUCAAUGUGUAAAUAUUCCAGGAAGUUUUGAAUGCCACUGCAAUCGUGGCUACAAUUACGAUGAAAAUUCUCACCAGUGUAUUGACGAUAACGAAUGUUUACGUAAUCCUUGCCAUGGAAAUGCACAGUGUGUUAAUUUACCUGGCCAUUUUGAAUGUAAAUGUCCCGAUGGAUAUAAACAUGGGCCUAGUUUUCGAGAUUGUGUUGAUAUUGAUGAAUGCUUAGAGCGACCAAAUAUUUGUGCGAAUGGAAAUUGUAAAAAUUUACAAGGUAGCUUCCAGUGUAUCUGUAAGACGGGAUAUCAGUUGAACGCAGAACGUGAUACUUGUCUUGAUGUCAACGAAUGUGAGCGGCAUCCUGAUAUUUGUAACAAUGGAAUUUGUAUUAAUGGAGUCGGCAUGUACAAAUGCGAGUGUCAUCCAGGAUUUAAAUUAAGCGCGAAUAACGAUUGUAUCGAUGUGGAUGAAUGUCGUGUUAUGCCAUAUUUAUGUAGAAAUGGUAGAUGUCGAAACACGCCUGGGUCAUUUGUUUGUGAAUGUGCAUCUGGUUAUGUUUUGGGUGCUGAUGGACAACACUGCCGAGAUAUCGACGAAUGUCAUGAACUUCCGAAUAUUUGUCCAGCACCAGGUCGAUGUCAAAAUUUAAUGGGUUCGUACGCAUGUAUAUGCCCAGUUGGAUAUAAACUAGCUGAUGAUCGAAACACAUGUGUAGAUAUCGAUGAAUGUACAACGAAUCCAGAUAUUUGUGAAGACGGUGUUUGUACAAAUACGCCAGGAGGCAUGCUAUGCACAUGUCCAGAAGGGUACAUAAUAUCUGAAACUGGUAUGAAAUGUAUUGAUGUGCGGCAAGAUCAAUGUUACGAUCGAGGAUAUCAAGAGCGUUGUGGUAACCCCCGUGGAAUGCAAAUGACACAAAUGGAAUGUUGUUGUUCACGUGCUUUUGCUUGGGGCCGUGAUUGUGAACAAUGUCCACGUGAAGGUAGUGCUGCAUUCGCAAAACUAUGCCCAGAAGGUUCGGGUCGUAUGGAUUCUGGCAAAGAUUUAGAUGAAUGUGCAUUAAUGCCAGGUGUUUGUGAAGGAGGCGAUUGUAUUAACACUGACGGGUCAUUCCGAUGUGAGUGUCCAAUGGGAUACGUAUUAGAUAAUACUGGUCAUAAAUGUAUUGAUGAAAAUGAAUGUCUUAGUCAGCCAAACAUUUGUGGAAAUGGUACAUGUUCGAAUUUAAUUGGUAGUUUUGAGUGUAAAUGUAAUGAAGGAUUUGCUCCUGGAUCUAUGCAAGUCUGUGAAGAUAUAAACGAAUGCCAAGAGCUCGAAGAUAGAUGUGCUUUCCGAUGUCAUAAUGUUCCUGGAUCAUUUCGUUGUAUUUGUCCAUAUGGAUUUGUGUUAUCUCCUGAUGGUUUACACUGUACCGAUGUUAAUGAAUGCUUAACACCUGCAAACAAUUGUAAAUUUAUAUGUAAAAAUACAAUAGGAUCGUUUACUUGUGGUUGCCCAGAAGGUUUUACGAAAAUUCCAAUGACAGACGAUUGUCAAGAUAUAAAUGAAUGUGCUACGAACAAUGGAUUAUGCCAGAACGGUUAUUGUGUUAAUUUACGCGGCAGUUACCGAUGUGAUUGUUUUGAAGGAUUCCAACCAAGUGCUGAUAAAAAGAAGUGUAUUGAUCAUCGUCAAGGAUACUGUUUCAAGAAACUGGUAGGUGGGCGUUGUAGUGAAACGCCCAAAGAUAUUAUGAAAGUAUCUCGUCAAGAUUGCUGUUGUACAAUGGGUGAAGCUUGGGGACCACAUUGUGAAUUAUGUCCAGAACGCAACACAGACGCAUACACUGAAAUGUGUCAAGGAAGUGGAAUGACAGUUGAUGGAAACGAUAUCGACGAAUGCCGUACUAUACCAGAUUUAUGCCGAAACGGUGAAUGUAUAAACACGCACGGCUCUUAUAGAUGUAUGUGCAACAAAGGAUACAAACCCGAUCAUCGAAAAACACACUGUAUAGAUAUCAAUGAAUGCCUGAAUACACCAUCGCCAUGUCAGUUCUCAUGUCACAACACCGAUGGUAGUUACAAAUGUUCUUGCCCUGCAGGAUAUGUUCUGAACCCCGAUGGUAUCACAUGUCGAGACAUUGAUGAAUGUCAAACCGGUCAACAUGUUUGUCAACAUGAGUGUAUUAACACAGAAGGUAGUUAUAAGUGCGCAUGCCCCAGUGGAUAUCGACAAGUCGGUGAUAAUUGUUUAGAAAUUGAUGAAUGCGCUGAGAAUGAAGAAAAUACUAUUUGCGCCAAACCUGGAACAUGUAUCAACACUUUGGGUAGCUACAAAUGCAUAUGUCCACGAGGAUUUAAAUUAGAUUCCACUGGUAUUUUCUGCAUCGAUUACGAUGAAUGCUCUGAUGAUUCGAAAUGUACUCAAAGUUGCCAGAAUCGUAUUGGAGGUUAUCGUUGCAACGCAUGUCCUCCAGGAUAUAUGCAACAUCAUUACUAUAAUCAGUGUAUCGACCAAAAUGAGUGCUUAGAUAAUCCUUGUGGUGGAACCGCACAAUGUAUUAACACCCUAGGAAGUUAUCGUUGUGGGUGUGCAGAUGGUUUCCAAUUUGAUAAUAGUGUUCAGCUAUGUUUGCAAGUUAGUUUAGGAUGUUCUGGAGCGCCAUGCGCUUUUGGGUGUCAAAGUGGAACUGCUGGAAUUUCAUGUGGUUGUCCACAAGGAUAUCAACGUAUUGCUCAAGGUCAUUGUUUAGCCACUGGAACUGGUUUUGGGGAAGAUAUUGGAAAUGUUCCAAUAUUCCCAAUUCGAUCGCCCGAUCCACAAGAUAAUAGCAAAUUGUUAUCUUCCGAAGGGUGUUUCUCAUGCAAGUUAAAUGGAAGACAUCGACGUCAUACGAACUCUUCAGAAUUGUCGAGUCGAUAUCCUGAAUCAAUUAAAGCAUUAUUUAAACAAAAAUCACCAAUACGCCAUCGACGACAUAAAAUUAAUGAUCAAGUACUUAUUUUAAAUUUGACUUUAGAUGAAACUAAACAUCGAACGCAAAUUAUUAAGCUGCAACCUGCAAUUAAGGUUCCAAUGGAGUAUCAAAUCGUGAAAGGUAACGAAAAAAAUAAAUUUGAAUUAGUGAAAAAACAUGGUAUAUGGAUAUUACAUUUCCGUCGACGAUUAAAAAAACCGGACAUCUUUGAUUUGCACAUACAUGGAGAGCCGGUUGAAAGCGAAGAAUCGAAUAAAAUACAAACAGAUAUUGGCAGUUUUGAACAACCAUUAAACUUACAUUUACGAUUAGUAGUUAAUAAAUCAUCCAGAAAAUAAAUCAUAAUUUAUUGUAAAUAAAUUACUCGACAAUUAUAAUUCGCCAAGAGGAGAUAUGUGGGGUGAAACCAGAUAGGCAGUAUUUUUUAUCAAAUAUUUUUUGUAGUUAAAAUGAAUUUUUUGCAAAUUUUUUUCACUGCCUUUUGUACAGUAUAAUUAAUACGACACUGCCAAAAUAAUUUAAACAAAUUAUUAAUUAUUAUUUAACUUAAUUUAACGAAUUUAUUAUCAAAUUUUAUUAUUAAAAAAAGAAAAAAUUUUUAAUAUGCAAAAUAUUUUGUGGGACUCUGCGUAUACAAGGUGUUCCAAAAUGGCGUAAAAUCGAAAACUUUAUAAUAUGAUGCAUUUCUUAAAUGUUCUUAGAGAAAAAAAUUACCAAUUUCUGAUGAGAGUUGAAAAAUAUCAAUUACACUAGAAAAAUUCUUACUUAAUCUAAAUUAUCCCUCCAUGAGACAGGCAGACCAACUAUAUUUUAAAUUUCAUUCGUAUUUUGCGUUUUCGAUAUGACUAGAUCUAGGGCCAGGCAAAGUAUUUGACAGUCAUUUCAGAACCUCUGGAAAUUUGAGACGCUUGACCUUAGAUCUAUAAAUGAACUAAGUGUGAAAUUGAACCUUUUUUGGUUCUUCCGGUUUCAUACUAAUUUCAAAUUUGUUUUUGUAAUAUUUAUACGCCAUUUAGUUUAUAUUAAUCGUACACAGAAAACACCCUGUAUAAAAAGUAAUAAUAUAUAUAUUUUUAUUAAA